AUGGUUUUAGUUCAAGAUUUAUUGCACCCAACUGCCGCUUCUGAAGCCAGAAAGCACAAGUUAAAGACUCUGGUCCAAUCUCCAAGAUCUUACUUCCUAGAUGUCAAAUGUCCAGGUUGUCUAAACAUUACCACUGUUUUCUCUCACGCUCAAACCGCAGUCACCUGUGAAUCAUGUGCUACUGUUCUAUGUACCCCAACUGGUGGUAAGGCUAAGCUAUCUGAAGGUACUUCUUUCAGAAGAAAGUAA